ACAAUGUAUAUAAUCAAUACAUAAAUUUGAAAAACUAUACUAGGAAUUGAUUUUUAUUGAAACUCUUAAUUAGUUUAAAUAUAUAAUAAUAGAAUUCACAUUUCGUGAUUAAUACUUUAUUUAUAACGACUGUUUUAGUCUUUGAAUUUAUUUAUUUAUUUGCAAUGGAACAUCGUAGCAAAUAUUCACGUAACGAUGAAAAAGAUAGUGAGGAUUCUCCGAUAUAUUCAAGAUUGUUUAUAGUAUGCGAUCGGAGUUUAAAAGAAGAACAAUUCAGAACUGCGUUUUCACAGUUUGGUUGUAUCGAAGAUAUACGAAUACCUCGUCACCAUAAAACAGGCGAACCUAAAGGAAUUGUUUUUAUAAAGUUUUCAAAGACCUCUGAAGCAGCCAAAGCUCUUGAGUCUAUGAAUAUUAAAUUUAUUUCAAAUUCUACCCGAACACUUAAAGUUAUGGUUGCAGCUAAUCGCUCAGAAAUACAAUCUGAAGAUUAUAAUUAUGAAAAAUACAGACGUCUAUUUAUACAUAUUCCUAAGGAUAUGACCGAAGACAUAUUAGAAGAAAAUUUUAAAAAAUUUGGCUUUGUUGAAGAUGUUCUCAUCCAAAGAGACCGUGAAACGGGAACAUCUAAAGGGUUUGCCUACAUUACAUACCAAAAAUUUUCUGAAGCAGCUAUUGCAUUUGAGGAAUGUGACAGAAAAUACAGAGCAAUAUUCGCUCAACCAAAAGGGUAUAAACGUAAUGAAACAAGCUACGAAACAAACAUAAAAGGUCUAGCCAAUUCAACAACAGCAGGUAAUCAAAGGCAUUCACUGAUGUCAAUGAUGAAUGUAAAUCCAAAAGGUUUUACCCGAGUAAACUUUACUUGCAGUCCUUAUUUAACUCAAAUGCAAGUUGACACAUUAUUUGAUAUAAUACCCGGUAUGGCAAAUUGCACCUAUUUUAUUGAUUUAUUAAAAAAUAUUGGUAAAGGUUCCGUUCUAUAUUCAAACCCAAUUUCGGCCACUUAUGCAGUUAAAAAAUUAAAUGGGUUUGAAUAUCCUCCAGGUCAAUCAAUAUUUGUUGAGCCAGCAAAUCCUAAUUUAGCCCCUUAUGAGUGUGAUUUCCCUAAUAUACCAAGUGCAGUCAAUAAUUUAAUUCAAUUCUUAGAGAAGCCUGGGACCCGGAAUCGGGAUCCAGGGAUCAACCAUGUUUCAGAGAUGGCAAUAAUGACAGCGAAAAAAAACGUCAAUAAUUUAAGAAAUUUAAUCUCAUUAACUGCCAAAUCAUCUUCCCCUGAUCUUGCACAGUUGGCAGAAGCUAUUGCAGAAGCCUCAAAAUUAAUUAAAGUAGCUACUUCUGGUGCAUCAGGUAUAAGCAAUCCUGAUACCAAGGACCUUAAUUACUGCAGUGUCAGAUUACCCGCUCCACAACCUCUUGCACACAUUGAUAGCCCAGUAGCUAAAAGAUGUUUUUUGGUCUGCAAACCCCAGCCUCCACCUUUGACUGUACUAAGAGACAUUUUCUGUAGAUUUGGAAAUCUUAUAAACGUAUAUACCUUACCCAAUAAAACGGUAGGAUAUGCACGGUACACAGUAAGAGAAUCGGCAGAUGAGGCGAUAAGGAUAUUGCAUGGAGCUGAGGUAUGUGGGGUACGGAUAAAAGUUAUAGAAGCAGAAGCAGAAGCUCCUGCUAAAAAAAUUAGAUUGAAUUGACUUACCAAGGACAGACAGAACAUUAUUAUAAGACUAAAAUAAAUAUUUACUGACUUAUUUAUAUAUAUAAUGUAGACCAGACUGAAAUAAAAUUUUAACCUGG